AUGAAGGACAACAAUGGAGAACAUGUGAGCUAUGAAGCUUUUGAAGACACAGAACAGGAUUUAUCAAAAGAUCAACAACCCCACCCCAAAAAGGAGAUGAAGACUCCAAUCACUGAUGCUGUUAAAGCUGCAGUCUCUGUAUUCAGGAUUGUGCUGCUGGGCAAAAGUGAGGAUAAGAAGACAAGACUUGGUAACUUCAUCAUUGGGUACCAAGGAUUUCACUGCCAAAGACAGUCACCAAUAAUGCACUGUGUGGCCUGCUGUAGAGAGUGGAGAGGAAAGCCAUUAACAGUAGUGAAAACUCCAGACCUGCUCACUCUGCCUGUGGAGGACAUGAGAAAAACAGUAAAGAGCUGUGUGAGUCUCUGUCCUCCUGGACCAAAUGUUCUGCUGCUGUUGGUCAAACCUUCUGAACUCACUGAGGAGAAGAGAAAAACUCUGAAGUCCAUCCUGAGUCUGUUUGGUCACAAUGCCUUUAAACACUCAAUGGUCGUCAUCACACAUGAGAAUGAAAUGAGUUUCUCUGUGAAUGAAGUCCUCAGAGAAUGUGGAGGAAGGCACUACAACAUGUUUCACGAUAACUAUAGAUUAUUAAUGGCGAAGAUUCAGGAAAUGACAAAUCAAUACAAUCACCUGAUCAAACCAUCUUUAAACCUGGUUCUAUUUGGGAGGAGACGAGCAGAGAAGACUUUAGCAGCCAAGGCCAUUUUAGGUCAGACUGAGCUUCAUUCAGCCUCCAACUCAUCAGAGUGUGUUAAACAUCAGGGAGAGGUGUGUGGACGUUGGGUUUCCCUGGUGGAGCUGCCUGCCCUGUAUGGAAAACAUCAGCAGGCAGUGAUUAAGGAAUCACUCAGGUGUAUCUCCCUCUGUAAUCCUGAGGGUGUCCAUGCCUUCAUCCUGGUACUACCUGUGGCUCCCGUCACUGAUGAAGACAAGGGAGAGUUAGAGAUCAUCCAGGAUGCAUUCAGCUCUCGAGUCAAUGACUUCACCAUGAUUCUGUUCACCGUGGACUCAGAUCCUACAGAUCCAGCUGUUGGUAACUUUGUAAAGAAAAACCAGGACAUCCAGGAGCUCUGUGAGAGCUGUGGAGGAAGAUCUUUUGUUCUUAACAUCAAAGACAAACAGCAGAUCCCACAGCUGUUGGAAACUGUGGAAAAAAUCAGUGUCUACAGAGACAAAUCAUACUGCUACACAAUGUACACAUUUGGACAAGCCCAACUAGAGAAGAUGUUACAACAAGAGAAAUUCAUCACCCAACUUUCGGUCACCAAGCGCUGUCAGAAAGAACAGGGUGACGUGAACGGCCGUCCUGUUAUUGUGGUCGACACUCCUGGAUUGUUUGACAACAGUUUAACACAUGAACAGAUCAAUGAGGAGAUGGUGAAAUGCAUCAGCCUCCUGGCUCCAGGACCACACGUCUUCCUGUUGGUGUUAGAGAUUGGCAGACUCACCCCAGAGGAGAAGGAGACACUGGAACUGAUCAGGAAAGGUUUUGGGAAGAAUUCAGAAAAGUUCACCAUCAUUCUUUUAACAAAAGGAGAUACGUUGGAACAUACAAAGGUGUCUGUUGAAGAAUACAUUGAAAAAUCAGAAGAUUCCUUUAAGAAGCUGAUCUCUGACUGCGGAGGAAGAUACCAUGUGUUCAAUAACUUUGAUAAGCAAAACCGCUCACAGGUCAGUGAGUUGAUAACAAAGAUUGACACCAUGGUGAAGGACAAUGGAGGACGCUGCUACACCAAUGAGAUGCUGGAAGAGGCUGAAGCUGCGAUACAGAAAGAAGUUCGAGGUAGCACCUGGAGUGGAGGUCUUGUCUCCCUCACUCCCGCCUUCCUGGACCUGGGCCGCUUGCUGCUAAUACGACGUGGCCUGCCGGCCCACCACUCACUUGCCUGCCUCCCCACGUCUCGACCGCUUCCCGGCCUUCCGUCCCACCUGUCCCCUCCACCUGGAACCAAUGCCCCGGCCCCUGCCUAG